GCGCUACGCGUAUCGUUGUGAGGGGGGGAGGGGGAAGGAAAGAGGGAGGCGCUCAGCCUCCGGCGGUUCCUGGUGUCCCGUUGGCGGAGGCAGUUCGGGGCUCGCGAAGACGGCGGUGUUGCGCUGUGCGAUGUCGGAGUUACGAGUGGCAGGACCCAGCCCAGCGACAAUGCCUGGCGGAGCGGGCGGCCCCAUAGUCUCCGGCCCAGGGGGGACCUGUGGGCCUGGCCCAGCGCCGCCGCUGCCUUCGCCUGGGCCCGGUGGUGGAACUGGCGGCGGCGGCGGAGGAACACUGGGCCCUGGGGGACCGGCCCCAGGGGGGGUGACAGGAGCUCCAGGGGGGAGCUCUGCUUCCGCUUCCGGGUCCACUAGCUCCACUUCCGGAUCAGCCCGCGAGGGCUGGCUUUUCAAAUGGACCAAUUACAUCAAAGGGUAUCAGCGGCGCUGGUUCGUUCUGAGCAACGGGCUCCUAAGCUACUACAGAUCAAAGGCAGAGAUGCGACACACAUGCCGUGGAACCAUCAACCUGGCCACGGCUAACAUCACUGUGGAGGACUCCUGCAACUUCAUCAUUUCCAAUGGAGGGGCACAGACUUACCAUUUGAAGGCCAACUCAGAAGUUGAGAGGCAGCGCUGGGUCACAGCCCUGGAAUUGGCCAAGGCCAAAGCUGUCAAGAUGCUGGCAGAAUCAGAUGAGUCAGGUGACGAAGAAACAGUAUCUCAGACGGACAAGACGGAACUGCACAACACCCUGCGCACCCUCUCCAGCAAGGUGGAGGAUCUCAGCACCUGCAACGACCUGAUUGCCAAGCAUGGAACAGCCUUGCAACGUUCGCUUAGUGAACUGGAGACCCUCAAGCUGCCUGCUGAGAGCAACGAGAAGAUCAAGCAGGUCAACGAGCGUGCCACGCUCUUCCGUAUCACUUCCAAUGCCAUGAUCAAUGCUUGCCGAGACUUCCUGAUGCUGGCCCAGACGCACAGCAAGAAGUGGCAGAAGUCUCUUCAGUAUGAGCGGGACCAGCGCAUCCGUUUGGAAGAGACACUAGAGCAGCUGGCUAAGCAGCACAACCACCUGGAAAGGGCCUUCCGUGGAGCUACAGUCCUACCAGCCAAUGCACCUGGCAGCAUGGAUUCUUCUAAAGAUCGAUGUUGCCCAUCAAAGGGAGAUAUGAGUGAUGAAGAUGACGAUAAUGAGUUCUUCGAUGCUCCUGAGAUCAUUACCGUGCCUGAAAGCAUGGGCCACAAACGAACAGGCAGUAACAUCAGUGGUGCUAGCAGUGAAAUCAGUCUCGAUGAGCAGUAUAAACACCAGUUGGAGGACACCAAAAAGGAGAAGAGAACCCGAAUUCCUUACAAACCAAACUACAGCCUGAACUUGUGGAGCAUCAUGAAGAACUGCAUUGGCAAGGAACUCUCCAAAAUCCCCAUGCCAGUUAACUUCAAUGAGCCCCUAUCUAUGCUGCAACGCCUCACAGAGGAUCUGGAAUAUCAUGAGCUGUUGGAUCGGGCAGCCAAGUGUGAAAGCUCCCUGGAGCAACUCUGUUAUGUGGCUGCCUUUACUGUAUCGUCUUACUCCACCACAGUCUUCCGCACUAGCAAGCCAUUCAACCCUCUCUUAGGGGAGACAUUUGAGCUAGACCGGCUGGAGGACAAUGGCUACCGUUCCAUCUGUGAGCAGGUCAGCCACCAUCCUCCAGCUGCUGCCCAUCAUGCUGAUUCCAAGCACGGCUGGACCCUUCGUCAGGAGAUUAAAAUCACCAGCAAGUUUCGUGGCAAAUAUCUCUCAAUUAUGCCCCUUGGUACCAUCCACUGUAUAUUCCAUGCAACUGGCAAUCACUACAGUUGGAAAAAAGUCACUACCACAGUACACAACAUCAUAGUGGGCAAAUUGUGGAUAGACCAGUCUGGUGAGAUUGAGAUCCUGAACCACAAGACUGGUGAAAAGUGUAUUCUCAAGUUUGUUCCUUACAGCUACUUCUCGAGAGAUGUGGCCAGAAAGGUCACUGGAGAGGUGUUAGAUGCUUCAGGAAAAGUGCACUUUGUAUUGUUGGGCACCUGGGACGAGAAGAUGGACUGCUUCAAGGUGACAACUAGCUUGGAGAAUGGUGGUGACAGUCGGCAGAGAUUGCACGAAGCAGAGGACAGCAGGGUCAUGCUGUGGAAGAGGAACCCACUCCCGAAGAAUGCUGAGAACAUGUACUAUUUCUCUGAGUUGGCUUUGACACUCAAUGCUCCAGAAAGUGGUACAGCGCCCACAGACAGCAGGCUCCGGCCUGACCAGCGUCUCAUGGAGAACGGGCGCUGGGAUGAAGCCAAUGCAGAGAAGCAACGCCUAGAGGAGAAACAGCGCAUCUCCCGCAAAAAACGUGAAGCUGAGGCCAUGAAGGCAACAGAGGAUGGAACUCCCUAUGAUCCCUAUAAGGCAUUGUGGUUUGAGCGGAAGAAGGAUCCUGACACCAAGGAGGUGGCCCAUAUAUACAGAGGAGGCUACUGGGAGAGCAAAGAGAAACAGGACUGGAGCAUGUGCCCCGAUAUCUUCUGAGCUGGACGCAGCAGGACUAUUAAUGAGGACUGAGGGAAAGAAGUGGGUAGUGGAAGGAUGGAAGGGGAGCAGCUGAUCAUGUGACUUUCCUGCCUAGUGCUUUCCUCACCGAAUCUGUCUGUCUUAACCAAUCACUUGUUUUGAAUCAAUCACCCAAAGCAGAAUCCAGCUGUGGUGAUUGGCUGGGUUGCCUUAGCUGAUUGAAGCUGAAGUUGGUGUCUGGAUUCCUGGAUGGCUGGGGACUAGUAGGAGUAGAGGACUGCACCCUCCCAUUCCCCUGCCACAAGAGAGCAUCGCUCUGCUCACAGCUGUACAAGUUUGGGGAAGAAGAGGGGGAGCAACACUAUGCUUAUAUGGAUUGGCCCCCUUUUCUACUUCCAGAUAGGGACAGGCAAAUGGUAUGUAAAGACCGUGAAUGUGUGCACAAAGAGAAUAGUUGGAGAAGAUAUAGGGAACUUCCUGUAGUUUUGAUCCUAAGGAUUGCGCUCUUAUUUUUUCUUCCCAAACUGUGUGCAGCACCCUACUUGCAAGUAAGAUUUCUGAAGCAUUGGUUGGAGAGAUAGGUGGAAAACAGUUCUCUCCAGGAGCCAUCGUCUCUUUUCGUUCAGGCAGGUAGCAGAGCAACUAGUUGUGUCCUAGAGAGGGGGUGCGGGGUGGUGGUGGGUGGAACUUGCUCUAGUUCACUGGAACCCUCCUUGUGGCGUCACCAGCUAUUCAUACGAUGGUAAGAAAUAAAGCUUAUAGUUCUCCCUUCCCACACUAGACUUCAGCAUCUUCCCCACGUACACUUGGACGGGAACUGACAGUGCAGGAUACAGGCUCCCUCCUGGCUAAAGCCCCUGGCCUAAAGCAACCUCUGGCUUACUGCACACCUGUUUAUAUGUAUAUUAUAUAUAUGUAGAGAGUGAAAAAAAAGAGAGAUCUAAUUUUUGUUCUGAUUUUUUUUUCUGUUUUCUCCAAACCUACAGAUCCCAUUUUGUAACACUUGCCCCCUCCUGUCACCCCUCCACUGCCACCAGAUCCAGGGAGAUGCUCUGCAGACAAUGUGUCAAUGAAUAAUGGCUUAUCUUGCCUUCUGUAAAAAAAAGAAAAAGAAAAAGUCCUAUCUGAGACACAGACAGAGCUCAGUGGCAUCAUUCUUAAGGCUCCUCACUGUGCAGGCAUAUGCCAGUUGUCCAGAGAUUCACUUGUGAAAUCAGGAGGUUGUGGGAACGUCCUUGGGAUAGCUCUGCUCACAGCUGCCAAAGCUGGAUCCCAAGGUUGAAAAGGUGCUGCCUCUGCGUAAAAGUGGACAAGGGCACUGAGGCUGCCCAAGCAAGGCCCACACGGUGGGGGUGUGGUGGGGGGUGUGGACUAAAUGGCAGCCCCUGCCCUUGGCUAAGGUUGACACAAUGAGGUGCCUUCUGUGUUUCCUCUCUUCUUUCUCUUUGUAUUUUUCUUUCACUUCUAAACUUUAGCCACUGAAGGGCUAAGGCGACAACGGUUCUGCCCAGGGCUGCUUGUUGGUGAGAUGGAAUCAUUUUGCUGGCUGGGGUUGAUAAGGCCCUGAGCCCUGCCUUCCCAGCAACAGGUGACAGUGCUGCUCAGUGGGAAAGAAAGGGGCUUUGGGUGGGGUCUCUGUGCUAUUUGCUGCCAGUCCCUGUUAUGAAGCCUGUUUCCUGCAGCUUCUGGAGACUGACACAUCUUUGAUAAUGGCAGGCUUUAAACAAGAGAGAGAGAAUAUCCCUGCAAUUCUAUUUUUGGGAUUUUUUUGCCUUAUUGUCUUUUUUCCAAGAAAACUAAAUUAAAUAAUAAAACCUGAAAUAUCCAAGA